GCGCGUCAGUCCAUCGCGCGUUUGUACACAGGGCGCUUGUGCCUUACGCUUUCACGACUGCGAGUGCAAAAUUUCUUGCCUGUUUGCAAGUUUCAAAAUAUAAGUGUAAAAUUCUGUCUACCGAUUAUUAUUCAAUUUAUAUUUGAAUGUGAUUGUUUACAAGCCGUAAAACGAUUGGCAACGUGAGCGAUUAAUCCUCAAAUGCGGGUUGGGAAUAUUUGUGGGUGGAAAAAUAAACAUAGCACUCAGGAGGCGUAUAGUAUCGCGGCGCCAGCACGGCGCCCACCUCCGAACACCUGCUGAUGACAGAAUAAAUUGUGAUGCUCACACGAACAGAACCCUAUAGGAAACUGCGUCCUAGAGGACGUCGGAGGACGUUAUAGCGAAACGUUGUUGUUUUCCUCUAUAAAAGUGCCUAAUCAUUGCAAUCAUGGUGGCGAAUCGACGAAAUUUUAUAUUUAGAGUGAGCAUCGUAAUUAACAUCGCUGUGAUGCUAUAUGCGGCGAUGCAUCUGUCCGCAAACACUUCUCCGAUGGUCGAGUGGGUCCCGGUGACGGGCGAUGGCUCCGAGAGGAACGCGGAACUCCAGUAUCUCAAACGUGAAAUCACACGAAACGACACAGAUAGACUUAUAGAGCCUAUGAUCAGGGAUUUCGAGGAAUCCACUUCCCAGAAGUCGACCUCGACGAUGCCGACAACAAACAAAACCGCAUCUAGUACAGUAUCCGCCACGGAUCUAGAAAAAAAGAUAAGUGCAGCGCCUCCAGAUGUUGAUAUAAAUGAAAUGUUAGACAUAGUCGAUGAGAACGGGCUGUCGGACACCACACUAACACGACUUCGGAGCUUACUGGCGUGCACAGAAAAGGACUUCCUUCCCCAAACGGUGCAGCGCGGAGAAUUUUGGGUUUUAAAGAACUACAUCCGAGCUGAUCAUGGAACAAUCAUGUGUCACGAAAGCAUCACAUACACGACGCACGCUGGCUUUGAAUUCCUAGAUAACGUGCUGCCUCUUGUCGAAAGAUGGAUGGCACCGGUGAGUCUCGCCAUUCACGCGCCAGGCGCGGACGUGACGCCGACCGUGAACAGCAUCAGAUACCUCCGCGACUGCCUUGGAAAUGACCUCAUUCGGCAAUAUGUCACUUUUCACAUAUUUUUCUCCAACAAGCACAUUCCUAGUAAGAUCCCAGACUCAGAUAAAAUUCUGAGUACACCGUAUAACUGCACUGGGAGCCCCCCGUACGUGGUCAACUCAUCGACCACAUACAUGAAACAGAAGAAUUUGUUGUAUCCAGUAAACGUAGCGAGGAAUAUCGCCAGAGACGCUGCCUUAACCUACUUCAUUCUUCCGUCUGAUAUUGAGCUGUAUCCUAGUCCUAAUUUGGUGCCCAGAUUCUUGAAUAUGAUUGCGAGAAAUCAAAAGCCUCUGAACUCGACGAAUCCUCGAGUGUUCCCCAUAAGCAUCUUCGAAGUUGACGCCAAAGUUCAAGUGCCAUCAACAAAAGUGGAACUCCAAAGUAUGCUAGCAAAAAAGACUGCAAUACCAUUCCACAAAUUCGUUUGUCCUAACUGCCACAACAUACCUCAGGGCGUGCAGUGGAUGACUGCGCCGGAAACGAAUCAGAUGGACGUGUUCCAUGUCGGUAAGCGCCACGGAAAAUACGUUCACUGGGAACCGAUAUUUAUUGGUACCCACCAAGACCCGUAUUACGACGAACGACUCAGCUGGGAAGGCAAAAAGGAUAAAAUGACGCAGGGCUACGUCCUUUGUGUUAAGGAUUACGAUUUUAUGAUAUUGAACAACGCGUUCCUGAUCCACAAGCCCGGCAUCAAGCAUUACGUGAAGAAUCCCAAGAGGGACGUCAUCGCUAGUCGCCAAUCCAGUUUCGUUAUGAACGUCAUUAUGCCCGAACUGAAAAAACUCUUCGGCACCAGAAGCGGUUGCGCGCUGUAAAACCUAAUAUUAAAUUCCUUAACGCAUUGACUGCCGUAUAGGUCACCGGUGCCCUACGCACUGAAGUAAUUAUAUCAAUUUCGAUCUUUUAACUAAGGCGCCGGAAUAUCUAAUAGACUAAGGGAAAGACGAAUCCGUAGAUACUUAGUGUGAAUAUAUUUCUAAAAGACCGAAAAAGACUAAAACAUAGCAA